GGCCGCCAGCAGGGGGCGUUAGAGACCUGUGUCUGUGGCUGAAAACGGUACAGACUGAGGACGCUUUGAGUCCUCCCUUUUUCCACAUGAACCCGUCCUCCUCUCCGCCGGCCCGCUCUCCUCUCGUCUCUCACACUACCAUCUCUUUUUAUAAUCUAUUUUUCCUUUUCUUCAGCCGGUUCUCCUUUACGUGAUCUCCUCCUCCCCGCUGUCCGCAGAUCAGCUGUACCGGACGGAUCUCUCCAGCUGUGCGUGGCUCUCCAGUCCCGCAGGCAGGGUCGGCCAUGUUGUUGUGUGUGUGGGGGUUGAUCUGGAUUAAUCCCCUUGUGAUGACAAUGACUGUGUCGCUCAUCCUGUCACUCUGCAGCGCUGCUUUGAUUUAACUUCAGCCUGAAAUCUGACCACAGUCUCUCUGCUGGAUGGAUGAAGUGAGGAUGAAGGCGGUUCGGUCCCGGUUGGAAUAACUCGGAUUUUUUUUGUCCCGGUGCUGACUCAAGAGGGGGAGAGAAAAAAAGCAGGAAACCGAAGAAGAAGAAGAUUUUUACAAGGGUGAGACGAUGGGCUGCAUUAAGAGCAAAGAGGACAAAGGCCCCGCCAUGAAGUAUCGGCCAGAGAAUUCCACGGGCUCGGACCCCAACGCCACCAUCACCACGCCUCACAUAGGCCACUACGGACCGGAUCCCACCCAGCUGCAGCAGAACCAGCCUCCCUCCUCCUCCUCAGGCUCUGGGGCCGCAAACUUCAACCACAGCCUCACGCCGUUCGGAGGCUCGUCUGCCAUGACUCCCUUCGGAGGAGCGUCGUCCUCCUUCUCCGGCCCGGUGUCCAACUCGUUCUCUGGUGCCGUCUCAAGUGGUGUUACGUUCUUUGUGGCCUUGUACGACUAUGAAGCCAGAACAUCUGACGAUCUGUCAUUUAAAAAAGGAGACCGCUUCCAGAUCAUCAACAAUACAGAGGGAGACUGGUGGGAGGCUCGCUCCAUCAACACGGGGAGAAAUGGCUACAUCCCGAGCAAUUAUGUGGCCCCUGCUGACUCCAUCCAGGCUGAAGAGUGGUACUUUGGUAAAAUGGGACGCAAAGAUGCUGAGAGGUUGCUGCUGAAUCCGGGGAACCAUCGAGGGACUUUCCUGGUGCGAGAAAGUGAAACUACUAAAGGUGCUUAUUCUCUCUCCAUACGAGACUGGGACGAAGCCAAGGGAGACAAUGUGAAACACUACAAGAUCCGCAAGCUCGACAGCGGGGGAUACUACAUCACCACGCGGGCGCAGUUUGACACGUUACAGAAGCUCGUCAAACACUACACAGAGCACGCCGACGGGCUUUGCCACAGGCUGACCACGGUUUGCCCCACAGUCAAGCCUCAGACCCAGGGGCUCGCUAAAGAUGCCUGGGAGAUCCCGCGGGAGUCGCUGCGACUGGAGCUCAAACUGGGCCAGGGCUGCUUCGGAGAGGUCUGGAUGGGCACGUGGAACGGCACCACUAAGGUGGCCAUAAAGACGCUGAAGCCGGGCACCAUGUCGCCCGAGGCCUUCCUCCAGGAGGCUCAGAUCAUGAAGAAGCUGCGGCACGACAAGCUGGUGCCUCUGUAUGCUGUGGUGUCUGAAGAGCCCAUUUAUAUCGUCACAGAGUACAUGGCCAAAGGAAGCUUGCUCGACUUCCUCAAAGAGGGCGACGGAAAAUUCCUGAAGCUCCCCUUGCUGGUGGACAUGGCUGCUCAGAUCGCUGACGGGAUGGCUUUCAUCGAGAGGAUGAACUACAUCCACAGGGAUCUGCGCGCCGCCAACAUCCUGGUGGCCGACAACCUGGUGUGCAAGAUCGCCGACUUCGGUCUGGCCAGGUUGAUAGAGGACAACGAGUACACGGCCAGGCAAGGAGCCAAAUUCCCAAUUAAAUGGACGGCUCCGGAGGCCGCGCUGUACGGCCGCUUCACCAUCAAAUCGGACGUCUGGUCCUUCGGGAUCUUACUCACCGAGCUCGUCACCAAAGGCAGAGUGCCCUACCCAGGCAUGGUGAACCGCGAGGUGCUGGAGCAGGUGGAGCGAGGCUACCGCAUGCCCUGCCCCCAGGGGUGCCCCGAGUCCCUGCACGAGAUGAUGAAGCUCUGCUGGAAGAAGGACCCGGACGAGAGGCCCACCUUCGAGUACCUGCAGUCCUUCCUGGAGGACUAUUUCACCGCCACGGAGCCACAGUACCAACCUGGAGAGAACCUAUAGCCUGCUGCGUAUCCCUAUGCCUCGCUUACUUAAAGACAUGAGCUCUUAAUUAUCCAUAAAAAGUCGACUGGAACUAACCAGCCACAUUAACCACUACUUGCUCUACCCAUUCUUGAUUUUGAUUUUUUUUUCUAUCAGUGUCUGCCAUCAUUUCAUUUUACUUUAAUAUGUUUUUUAUCUCAAUCAUGGUACUACACGUAAGUCUUAUCUGUGUGAAAUGUUUGAUUUUUAACAUGGAUUUCAUCACCAUGUACAAUAAUGUAAUGUCUUUCAUUUCAGUUAUGUCUUUAAAAACACUACAUGAUGUAUUCUUUCUCAUGAACACAGUAUAUUGCUGUAAGAAUAAGCUGUGAUAAUACUUUGCAAUAGAAAAACACAUCAUUGAGACUGGCUGUCCAGCUGUUGUGUGGUUAAACGUGGAGCUCUCGCACUCCAUUUGCCUCUAAAUUCUAUUCUCUUGUGGUAAGAUGGUAAAUUAUGCAUCAAAACAAUUAAUUAUUAAGAGAUAAUAUAUUAAACUAACGUGGUGAAGCUCUCAGGGGACUGGUGGUCGUUAUCACAGUCCAUUUAACAGUGAUUAUUUAACAGUAAAUACCACACACACACGGCUUAGUUACAUUUCAUCAGCUGCAGUGCAAUUCAGAGCGAGACUGUGACAUUAUGCCUUUUUAAAUGCAUUUCUUUUUAUAUUAUUUUCUUCUAUGUUCCUUUUGUUAUCACAAGACUUUAUCACAUUUUAUUCAUAUCUCACGGUCAUGGUUUUACAGCUUCAUUCGAAGACUUUCCCCACGCUCCAUGAUCAUCCUGAAAUCUCUGCUAAGACUUUUCUUUUAUAACAACGCCAUAAUUCUUUCUGUCCCUCUCUGCCGGGGGGUUGUAUAAUCUCACUGUGAUCACUGCAGAGACGUGCUUACAUAAAAACAGGCUGUUUAAUGUGUCAGUGAGUUAAACAGUGAUGAGACUCGUGGACUUGCGGCUUCCUGCCAAGACCGAAAGACAUUUCACGGACACAGGAUCAUUUUAGCCGCUAUAAAAAAACUCUUUCCUGAAGUGGAAAAUCAUGAACAGAGCCACCAAAUAAGUUGGAAACAAAUAUUUGAUUAUCUACAAUGUGACUGAAUGAAACAUUUCAUGUUCAUGCAUCUACAGCGGCUCUGCAGAAACUGUUUCUAUAGCAGUGACUACACUUUUUUACAGUGAUUUUAUCUUUGCAUUUUGCUCCUGUAUGGAUUUACUGGGACAGUAUUGUGACGGGAAUAACACUAAUUGACGACCGAGCUUGUAAAGAAGGGCUUUGUAUAUUAUAAAAUCCUCAUUUUAUAAGAUUAUUAAUAAAACGGACAAGAUUUAUUUGGGGAGGGAGGUAGAGGGUGCUGACUCAUUCGAGGAAUUUGUACAAUAAAGACGUGAUUUUACAAACUCCAA